GGUGUCUUUCCGGUGAAGGUGCAACACAUCGAUGGCAUGGGCAAGCUGCUCGAAACCGUCUUCGAGUAGCAGAAGCUUCCAGCGACGCACGUGAUAUCGCGACCGCACAUAGUCCGUGCCUGUCGCGCCUUCCUCGCAAUAUUUGACCCCGCAAACAGAGCCUGAUCUGCCAAGUCACCUCACAGAGAACGAAGACGGUGACUGCCGGUUGCCAUCUCACCGGUGAUGGCGCACCGAGGACGCGCUAAGCCCGCCGCCUAUCACUGUGCGAUAUGUGAGCUAUCCUUCUCCAGCAAAGCUGAGUUCAAACACCACACGGCCAACCACGACGAUACUAGCACCACGAAGCUGGUGUGCGCCACCUGCGGCUGGUACUUCGACGACUCACACGCCCUCGAGCUCCAUCAAAUACAGAGCAGUCACGCGCCUUCCCAACCAGCGUUUACGAGCUCGACGGCCGCGCUUACCCCAUCGAUCGACGAAAUGGCGGUUCACUGCGAUCGUUGUCAGAAGCAUUUCGUCACCCAGAAGCAAUACAGUAACCAUCGCAGCAACAUGGCGAGUGGGUGCGCUGACUGGAAGCACACCACCACCACUACUACGAGGCCGCAGCCACCGACACCCACUGUAGUUGCCACGGGGUAUGUUGACCUCGACAAGCCCAAUGACGAGCCAUCUGUAGUCCCCAACUAUGAUGAUAGUGCAUCAUCGUCAUCCAACUCUAUUGACAGCGAUAUCGGCAUCAAGUGCAAGGAUUGCAAGCGCACCUUCCACUCCAUGGGUCACUACAACAACCACAUGCUAGGUUGCACUCCUGUAUCGACGACCACACAAGUCCGCGAGGUGCUCCCGGGCACCGCAUCAGGUCGUCCAACCCCUCGUGGAGCACCUUCCGGUCCUCGGGCGACACCCCCUACAACAAGACAAAACAUACCACAGCAGCAAUUUGCCUUCGCCCGUCCAACGCUGCAGCAACCUCGCUUGCCAGCCCCACAACUACCUCAUACGCCCACUAGCAUCAACAUGGGCGGUGUUGCGGACCUUGAGCAGGCCAAAUCCAUCCAGGCAAAGACCCAACGGUUGCUCAUCCAAUCAGACGUCUUCAUUCUACACGAUGGCAAAAUCAACGUCUGCGACAUCCUAUGGACUCGGGUCGGUGUCGCCAAACAGCACGAUGUCGUUACCAUGCUUGACGGCAUGUGCCAUCUCCCAAAAAUGCUGCAAGGCGAACACAUACCUCCUCCAAAGGCCUUGAAAGAGGAUUACAAGGCUCAGUAUCUGUCAGGCGACUUCAAGCCCUCCCCCAAACGCAACAUAGCCAAACCAGGUCUUGGCGCGGUCGCCAUCGCAUGCAGCAAGGUACUGCUAGGAGAUGGCUGCCCAGAGGUUGUGAAGAUUGCUGCUAUCGACCUAGUUACCUCUCGCAUCCUAAUGAAUCACCUCGUCUGCACGGAUCCACGUGCGAAAGUCAAGGAUUGGUACUCCUCAGUCACCGGAUUGUUCAGCUGGGGUGAUAUGGAGGGAGCUCGCAAAGCCGGAUACAAAAUCUUUAAGGGCUGGGCGGCAGCCCGAGACGCGCUACACAGGUUCGUCGAUAAAGAGACCAUCAUCGUUGGCUACAACCUGCGUUCGGACCUAGACGCUCUGCGUAUGAUUCACGGACGCGCUGUCGAUAUUGCCAAGGUCGUCGAAAAGGCUGCUCAAGGUCCACUCAGCAAGGCGCAGCUAGCACUGGAUGGCUUGUGUCGCGAUUAUCCUGCCAUCAAUCUCAAGAGCGACCCAGAGUAUGGCCGGGAUAGUUUAAUGAACGCUUUUGCGGUACGCGAGUUCGGUUUGUGGGCGAUUAAGAACAGCGACAAGCUAGUAUCAGUGGCUAGACAGAAGAGUCGGGAGUACCAGCUCGUCAUGCCGAAAGCUGCUGUUGCAGGGGCUUGA